AUGAAGAGCUUCCUACUCUUGAUUGUGUUCUAUGGAACACUUUCAUCCAGUAGGUCCAUCCACCUGGAACCUGAACAAGCCACAGAAGAUGAUGUACAGCUUUUGCCGAGAUUUCUAGACAGUGACUACCCUGAACGAGAGCCAAUACCAGACUACCCUCAACCAGAGCCAAUACCAGACUACCCUCAACCAGAGCCCAUACCAGAUUACCAUCAAACAGAGCCAAUACCAGACUACCCUCAACCAGAGCCCAUACCAGACUACCGUCAAGCAGAGCCAAUACCAGACUACCGUCAAGCAGAGCCAAUAUCAGACUACUCUGUUUUAAGAAGCACAGACAACAAUGUUCUUGCUGAUCAAGAAUCCUCUAGGCUGGAAGCAGCAGAUGAGCAGGAUUCAACCACUUUGGACAAAAUGAAGAAUCUUAGAUGUGGAGUUCCUGAUAUGGGGGAUUUCUCCUUCAUCCAGCCUACCAAAAGAUGGCAAAAGACUCAUCUGACAUAUAGUAUUCAGAAUUACCCAUCACGGAAAUCGCCCAUACAGCCAAGGGAAGUAGAUGACGCCAUUACAAGAGCUUUGAACCUGUGGAGAAGAGUGACCCGUUUCACCUUCCAAAUGGUACCUAAGGGCCGUGGAGAUAUACGGAUCUCUUUUAUUGAUGGGCGUGAUCGUCUCUUUAAAAAUGGCAAGUAUCAUGCAUUUGCCUAUCAACCUGGAGAAGGUAAAGGUGGUGAUGCCUAUUUCAGUAACAGCAUUCGCUGGACAAAGGAUAAGUCAGGAACCAAUCUUUUUCUGGUUGCUGCCCACGAGUUUGGCCACUCGCUGGGUCUCGAUCAUUCCCGUUAUUUGGGAGCUGUGAUGUACGAAACCUACACACCUGAUAAAUAUCGAUAUGGUGAUCGUUCUAACUUCAGAACCCUAAAGCUUCAUCCAGAUGAUGUCGCUGGCAUUAAGGCUCUUUAUAGACUCCGCUAAGUGCAACCAGUGCAUCACCAAUAAGCCAGCCAAUACAGCAAACCUUGAGCUGUUGCAGCAUUUCACACACACCUGCUGCUUCCACUCCAUUGUCUAUGUUUCCAUCUGUUGUAAUGAAUUUUUUGCUUAAAACUGGCACCAAGUUUAACAUGUUAUUUUCAUAAGCAUUUCAAUAUAUUUACA